CUUGUAAAGUGGUGCCGGUGCAAGUUCUCCCGCGGUGCAAAGUGUGUUUCUCUGCUUAUUUUCCCUCUGUCUGCUGGACUGGACACUGUGUUCGCCUCGCUCGAUGGAGAAAAUCGCAUCACUCUUGGACUAAUGCCAAGCCGAAAGAGGUCAGAGGUCACGAUGAAGCCGAGAGUGAACGGGAGAAGAGCGGCCGCGCUGCUAUUAAUCCUCUUCCCGCCAGUCCUCUGCGCCAUGGCCCUCGAGAAAGGACGACGUGAGGCGCCACAUCGGCACACGGAGUGGCAGAACCUGUGGUAUUCCAACUUUGAAGAAUUUCAGCGGCUGAACGAGCCAACUUUCGACAACAACACAAUCAGCAACGUGACCGUGCAGCUGGGCGGCUCCGCGUUCCUCCACUGCCGCGUUCGAAAUCUGGGCGAACGGACGUUCCUGACUCGAAGCUCAACGGGAGAUAAAGAAAAAUUAGGUCCCCACAAAAGUGGCAAUGAGAUAUCAUGGGUCCGGCGGCGCGAUUGGCACAUCCUGACCUCAGGGAUGUUCACCUACACAAACGACGAGCGGUUCCAAGUGCUGCACGCCGAAGGUUCCGACGACUGGACCCUGCAGAUCAAAUAUGUCCAGAAACGCGACAACGGAACCUACGAGUGUCAGGUGUCAACAGGCACUGGAAUCAUGUCGCACUUUGUCAAUCUGCACAUUGUGGUACCUGAGGCGUUCAUCCUGGGCAACGGCGAGCACCACGUGGACAUCGGCAGCACCAUCAGCCUCGUUUGCAUCAUUGAAAAAAGUCCGUCGCCGCCGCAGUACGUGUUUUGGUAUCACAACGAACGGAUGAUCAACUACGACACGGCCAGGGGCGGCAUUUCUGUCGAGACGGAGCCCGGACCGAAAACGCACAGCCGACUCAUAAUACGUGACGCCCACGACACCGACUCUGGAAACUACACCUGCAGCGCUUCCAACACGGAGCCAGCAUCAAUCUACGUUUUCGUCUCUGAAGUUUCAGGAGACAAGUUGCCAGCCCUGCUGCGGAGGAAAACCAACUCGGCCGCCUCGACCGCGGACCUGGCGAUGACAGUUUUGUCCCUGGUGUGGUUACUCUCGUUCCCCAGUCUUGCGUUCGCCGCAAGAUAAGAGACUGACUGCUGAGUAAGCCGCAAUUUUCGCAGAGACUUUUUGUAAAUUAGCAAAAAUCUCAAAAACUCGGCUCGGCGCUGCGAGAAAGAGAAUCAACAAAAAAAGAAGAAUCCAUCGAAAAAGAAGGAAAAAGAAGAAGUAAAAUCACUCACACUCUUUUAUACGCGCAAAACGAUAACAAAAAAAGAUGAUAAAGCAAAACAAAGUCGGUUUUAGGAAAAAGCAGAGCAAUUUUCAGUUUUUCCGGCGGAAGAAACUGUGAGACGAACUCUACGCAUUGUGAUUGAUUUACCGUUAACUUGUGUACAUACAAAAGAAGUAGACGUAAUUUCCACGAACUAUCUCUGAUUGUGUACAAUUGAAAACGUGCUCACCGAACGGUAGUUGCUGUUGGAUAAAAGUUUUUUUAUUCCCCGGCGGCGGCGACUUUCGACAUAGUGCAUCGUCAUCCAGCAGACACUCGAGGACUAAAAGUGCCCGGCGAACAACACAUUACCACACGCGAUGAUGAUGAUUCGUUAAUUAUUAUUGAGAUUAAUUAACUAGUCUUUAAUUGAAAGAGGUGGUCGCUCAGGAAAUUGAGGAAGAUCCGAAAAAGCUGCCACAUUGGCCGAUUCAAAAUAUAAUCUGAUUUAAAAAUGUAUUUUAAUGAGCAAGAAUCAGAAAUUUUAUUAAUUUUUAUUAGCGUUUCGUGAUCCGUUUUUCUGACCGAUCGCCUCCUUUGAAGGUCAUCUUUGUUACUCGAUUAUUGUAUAGGAAGACGAACGAGAAGCAGUUUAAAAAAAAAUUCAUUCACUCCACGAAAAGUAAAAUCGACAAUUCAAAUCAGGGUGUUGACGAAAACAUGAAUCAUGGCUCAUUCUUCUGAGUAAAAUAUAAAUUUAAAAUCGUGCAUGUGUCUGAAUGAAAAGUACAUUUUAUCCCAUGUGAGCGGAAUUUUUUUCCCGCGGCGAAUAAGAGAAAAAUAUACUGCUAGGGAGAUUUGUUUAAUUUGCAUAAACGUACAGGUGACAAGUGCGCAUGAAAAAGAGCCCGGCUGUUGCGACACUUGACAGCGUUUUUAAUUCCGAAACACAGUGUUUUACCCCGAUGAAUGUGAGAGAGAGCAAAAAAAAGGACAAUCUCAAUGUUUGGAAAAUAAUCCUCUUCGUUUUGAAACAAAACCCCGACUCUGAAUGUGUAAAAUGAGAAAACAACUGCUGUGCAAAUUUGAAUUUUGUUAAACAAAAAAAUUUCGUUCAUUUCGGAGAGGAUCGAGUUUCGUUUGCAAGAAAACAUCACUCAUCCCUUUCUGCGAGCGAGAAGAAGUGACGUGUGAUAAAAUCUCGUGAAUGCGUGCGUCAGUGAAUAACGAACGGAACUCAAUCCGACCAGAGCCAGCAGCGCUGUAUCAAAUUUAGCGUGUGCUCGACGUGGAUGGAAAAGUUUAUUCUUGAAUAACUCUACAUUUCAUUACAAAAAAGAAGAGCAGAGACGUGUAUGAAUCAAAGAUCUCUCCUUCGAGAGGAGGAAAAUCGUCGCGCACUCUUCUUCUUCGUACAUAUGAAUAAUUAAAACCAUAUUUGUGUACGAACUCAUCUCAUUUUACCUGCACGUGUGGAUAUGCGAAGAUGCCAAUUAUUUUUGUGUCACUCGGAUAAUGUAUGAAUGGCGAUCGUGUUGUGUCAACAAAAUAGCAGCAUUCUGUAUCAAAGUAACAAGAAAAAAAAGAGAUUGCCCUCCACAUCCAUCGAUUACUAACCCUCAAAAUAACAAAGUAACAUCUCCUUUAAAAUUAUACAAAAUAAAGAAAA